UCCCGUGGGUAGAGGUGCCUUAUUUUUCAUUGUUAGCCAUUAUUUCCUUGACGUUUGGUUGGGACUAUGUGGAUAGAUGUCCUCCCCGCAUUCGGAGAGACGAUUACCUAAAGGCUUUCAAAGAGAAGUGCUACACUUUCCAUUACAGAGAGCUUUAUUGGAAUGACGCUCUGUCAUGGUGCCGAGGACAGGGAGGAACCCUUGUAGAGAUUAGAAACGAACAGAUCCAGAAUUUCAUCAUGCAGUCUCUCCAUCAGCUCGGUUGGCGAAGGAACGGUGUUUGGAUCGGAGCUCAUGAUCGAAUUCACGAGAGCUACUGGGAGUGGGCUUCCGGUGGCCAAUUGACCUGGAAUAAUUGGGCAGGUGAUCAACAUGGCUGCUGUUUUGGUAUGCUCGAAGAUUGUGCCGUGUUGCGCUUCAGAGAUCAUGGAGUUUGGCACGAUUAUCCCUGCAAGCGCGUGUUCUUCAAGUACUCCUAUAUAUGUGAAUACGACAAGACCCCGCGGCCAACAAAUGCGACAGUGACCACCACCACCACCACCACUACCACUACUACGACUGCGGCGCCAACCAGCACCACCGCAUCUCCGUUGUACAACAACCAGGCAGGGAAAGUGGGCGUCGGAAACGAUGCAGGUUCGGACUACAACAAUCCAACAAAAGUCGUUCGUGGCUCGAAUCAUCAGAAUGAUCAAGGCCGGGUCCCAGGCGAAAACCUACAGCAAGAAGGACAGAAUCCCAUGUCACAGCGAUUGCAAAAAAAUUCUCCAAUGACAGUCACCAAGUUGUAUUCUUCUCACAGCUCAGUUGCGGCAUCUGUCACAGGGCUGCUGGUUUUUAUUCUAAUGUCAAUCUGUAUAAUAGGAUUCCUGGCAAUACGACGAAGGCGUUCCCGAAAGAGCAAUCGUCCUGGUAUUCCUCGAGUCACCGAAAAAUCAGUUGUGUUCAACAAACUACGUUGUGAGAGCAUGCGCAACGGAAGUACAUCGUUCCCGAUGUGUGGCAGCAGUCACAUUGGACAUCAUUUCAGUGACGAUACCGAACAUGCCUACAGCAGCGACAAUGAAGUCAUCUAUGAAGAGAUUGACAACAAAAUCGUGCGCUUUCCAGAGAAGGAAGAUUUAAUGGUAAAAUUGGUGCCUCAGAACAUUUACGUAAACAACAACAACAACCCAGGAAUCAGCGGUAUGGCGAACGGCGCCGCCAACGACCAGAAACGCCGCCAUUCUCUUCCAAACGACAUUUACACGACUGCUGGGCCGUCGACACACAAUCCUCAUUAUCAAGAGGUUUGACUCAUAAUUCGUGAUUUGGUCAGGAUUCUUGAUGUGCCAGAGAUUGGCAUUGUUCUUCAAGAGGAGAACUCUAACGAACAAAUCCUUGAACAGGAGGACGAAAGGGACUUUGAUAAAAAUACAAAAAUAUAAACGAACAAAAUGGAUAAAAAAAA